AUGAUGAUGGCUUUAGCCUCCUUAUCUUCGUGCAACACGAAUUCAACUUUCUAUUUAUCAAAACCUUCCAUUCCAUGGCACCCAAAUUCAUACUAUUGUUCUGGGCUGCAAUUGAAAGGAAAAAUUGUUCCUCCAACUGGGCAUGAGCAGUCAAUAUUUGGUUGUAGGCUGAGAGUGUUGGCUGCCCCUGGAGAAUCUUCGAAAAACACAAGCAACUCGAAAGGAGAGGAAGACGGUAAUGAUGACCCAUCAGUCCCUUCGUGGGCGAAACCCGGUUCGGAUGAAACUCCGCCUUGGGCACGCCAAGAGGCCAAGAAAGAGUCUUCUGGGUUUGAGGUUCCCUUCUAUGUCUACUUGCUUGCAUCAGCUAUCACUGCCAUUGCCGCGAUUGGUUCGGCAUUCGAGUACGUGAAUCAAAAACCUGUUUUUGGAGUUCUGAACUCAGACAGUAUAUUUUAUGCUCCAUUGCUUGGGUUCUUUGCAUUCACCGGCAUCCCCUCUUCUGCAUUCCUUUGGUUCAAAUCAGUUCAAGUUGCAAAUAAGGAGGCAGAAGAGCAAGACCGAAGGGAUGGUUACCUGUAG